AUGUCGGCCACGACGCAGGAGUUGGAAAAUGACAUUGCGCAGAUGGAAGACCGACUUGCCAACGUCAAAGUAGUGGUUGAAGUGGAACGAGAGGCCUGGCGUCGAAGUUCUGGCAAGAAUGGCACGAAAUGGAAAGGGGCUGCAGCUCCGCGAAAUAAGGAAAACGAGACGACUUCGUCGAGUGAGGACAUGGACGAAGGCGUCACAAUUAUGCCUGGAUAUUGGGACUCCCUCGAGCUUGCACAUUAUCUGCAAGACAAGCAACUCGGAAGUUACGCACAGGUGGUAGUGAAUGAACAAAUUACUGGUAAAAUGUUACUAGAGACCCCGGCACCCAAACUCCGCAAACUUUUCGAGACAUCAGCAAACGAUUCGAGUUGGAAGGAUUUCCAGACUGAAUUUGUUAAGCUGAAGAAGCACCAGCGGCGACUAGAGAAAGCCUGUGCUACGAAUCGAUCUCAACCAGGCUCUUCUCGCUCUGUGGACUCGUCACUGGAAGCGAAUGAUCGCCAGCCUUCCUCCUCAGUCAUGAGUUCAGCGGGUGCAGCACUCGUUUUCCCAUUGAUUUCACCUCUAGCACCUGCAACUACCUCGAGUCAACCGCAGCAAAACAUUGCAAAGCCUCCCACAGCGUCGAAACACACAUUUCUACUACGAAAGCCUGCGUCUUCUAACAACAUCCCACUGGCAACUUGCUGGAACUGCAAGGCGCGUUUUUUCCGUCCGCAUAUCAAAAGACCGAUUGCUAGAGCUUCUACCUCCGAUACGCCUCAGCCGGUGUCGUCGUCCAUGCGAGCUUCGCUUUUGGCUCGAGCCUACUGCUCCCAAACAUGUCGAGAGAGCAUCGAAGCUAGUGACAUCCGGAUCUCGCCAUCACUCAGUGCGCGAGUGAAGGUCACAUUUAACACUUCAACUGAAGAAACAACCAAGCCACGUCGACCGUCUCGUGUUGUAACUGGUCGUGCGUUAUCUUCUGUCGGCGAUCAACCAGCACCAGAAAUGCUCACUAGGAGCGACAGCAUCACGGCAAGUCGACUUGGAGGCAGUACGGACGGAAGUGAAAGUACCUGUCCUCCACCGAAAACCAAACGUUUACGAAAGUUUAAUACGUUCACACGGCGCACAUCUCGACCGGAUGCGUCACUAGAUGACCUGAAUAGCUUUGACUUCCUCCACGUAGCAGCUCCACGACGUGAACCUGUUGCUCAAGCAUCGACGUCACCACAGCAAAAGAGUACAGAGUAUCAUCCACCUGUGGCUACAUUUUACGAGAAUCGCAAUGUAGCUCGGUCUAUUGACGCUAACGUGUCCGAUUCCUUCGCGUUGUGCCCUUCGGUGACUUCAAUAGCAAUCAACGCACAUCGAUCGAGCGAUGCUCAAAGUUGUCCGACUUCUGGGAAGCCACUACCACCUGCUCUACUGCUCAGCAACCCCGCCCUACUGGCAGCACCCAACCAGUGCAAAGUAUAUCAGCAGUCGAAGUAUAAGUUGGACCCAGACCUUUUCCAAGCUCAUCAAGAGACCUUUUCUAGUUGUUUCGGUGCGAUGCCAUUGAACAACCGAUCACAAACCUUAACCAGUGGCUAUGGUCGUGGAAACUUCCUUCGGCUUCAGGAGUUCCUCACUGUCCGUGGACUGCACCGACUGAGCUUAACAUCUCAUGCAUGGUACGAUAUGAUCACAACGCCGUCAGCUUUUAGCGACGCAAUCUGGGGUGCUCAAGUUCUACGGAUGUGGAGACCGAGAGAAGAAGAUGAAGAUUUCUUACAUGAAAUUGGCGUGCUCAAAAAGCCCGAGCGACCGCGACGAAUGCUGCAGAUACUUACACGUCAAGUAUUUCGCAUUACGGUAGAGAAUAUGAAGAUACUUCUCAAUCCUGAAAGCUGGCAGUUAGCUGCAGUUAUGUCUCCAUCGGAUAGUGAAAACAUUCGACCAGUGCACAAGGUGGUGGGAACCAAGCGAGUGUCGACAGUGACGUGUGAUGAGGGUGAACUCUCGCCCCGUCGGCAGCGUACGGCCGAAUUGUACGAACAGAUCACAGUCAUAUACACCCGCGGGGGCGAGAUUGUGGCAGUGAGCGCUCGACAGUUGAUAAAACCAGUAGACCCCACGGCGAUGCUCACGGACAUUUUGCAUGGUCUCAAGAGGGAAGAGCUCAGUCGCGUGCACUGUCGCCGUCUGCGGCUUUUUUCACAGACGAAUCGACUGCCGUUUGAUCAGUGGAUGCUGCUGCCGCACUGCAGUCGCGCUGUAGUGGAGUUCUUCUGGUCAGAUGGAGGAACUGAAGCCACAGUUUGUCCGCCGUUGGUGCUGCCUGCAUGGCACCAAAAGACUCUGAGCAAGCUCCAGCACGGGCUACAGCAGCGUCUGCUGGGCAAGGACAGCGUAAAUUGCGUCAUCAAAGCCGCGCACGAUGAGAAUGCGUCGGCCGCUGUCCUCCUCUCGCUCGAGAAGUUCCUCACACGCUGUCAUGCGUAGCCACCAGCAACAGGUCAGUCGCGGAACAAAAAAUAUGGCUACAUUGUUGUGAUUACACAGGUGGAUGUUUAUUUUACGAUUUACAAAUGGUACAGUGUACCAUCCCA